AUGUCACUGAUGUUCCGAAAGUUCAACCGAACCACCAAUCCAAGAAUGAAUGAACCCGCAUCAAAUUCAAACUUAUCAAACUCAAUGCCUUCUACUUCUGAGCUUCCAAUGGCUAGCCCUUCCUUGGUCUUUGAUCCCGUCCACAACGCUGGUCGCCUAUUAUCUCAUUUCAGCCAUCUUGAAGAUCUCCUCCGCCUCGUACGCCGGACUCGUCAUGCGCUUCCAGCACUGGUACAGGAAGCUAACAAUCUACCAAAAUCUGGAGCUAUCGAAAGUUGGAACUGCUUGAAACAAGAAAAUCUGAAAAAUGUACAGGACCUCAAGGAGGCGAUCAUGAACUCGCAGGAUGCCUUUCUUUUCGUUAGAUCUAGCUCUCGGCUGGAUGAAACCGACUUCAAAAUCGAUGAUCAGAUGCCUGAUGAGACUGCAGCAGCUGUGGCGCACAUGAAGAAAUUGGCGCCUCGAUCUCUUUUCCAAAAACAUUCAGAUGGCUCAUCUGGACGCAUAAGCGUCCCUUUUGCACUUCAAACCCUUCAACCCGGGUUCGAGGCCGCAAUAAAGUUGAUAAAUGAGUCAUACGGCUUGCAAGCGAUCUCAUGGCAAGAGCAUAUCACGCGACCUGGACGGACAAGUUGGGUAGAGGUCAAAGUUAGAGGCGUCUUACGAGCUUUGGUUACAGUGCGAGAAUAUCCUGACCCGAACAAUGGCUCACGGUCAAUCACUCGCAUCGAGAGAGGUGUCUGCUUUGGCGUUCAUGAACCUAGAAAACACGUCUAUGAGCAAUCGGAUUAUGGAAUAUUUCAGUCGAUCAGCCGAUGUUUGAACACAACCAUCGACGAGCACCCAAAACGAGGAUCGGAUAAUGUGUAUUUGGUCUGUACAUUUCUUGCAUCAUAUCUUGACCUAUUCCAACCCAUCAACCCCACUCUGGCGAAUCCCAAUCAAGAUAAUGCAAAUCCGUCGAAGAUCCUAUAUCCUCAAGUUUGGCGUAUUUGGCGCACAGCGGCCGAUGAUCAGGCAGGGCAACAGACAGGAGGCUGGGAUCCUAUGGAGGAGCCGAGGUAA